AUGCGUUUGUUAAAGACUGAUACGCUUGAGUUUCGAUAUUUCGACUAUGGCAACAUUCCGCAGUACGCCAUCUUGUCACAUCGAUGGGGCAGCGAAGAGCUUACUCUCCAGGAGAUGGAAGCCGGCGUGACUAAUAAGCAAGGUUACAAAAAAGUGCAGCAGUUCUGCUCAAGGGCCAAAGCCGACGGGUUCGAUUAUGGCUGGGUUGACACGUGUUGUAUAAAUAAGACGAGCAGCGCAGAGCUAUCAGAGGCCAUCAAUUCCAUGUACCUCUGGUACUAUCAAGCUGAGAGGUGCUAUGCCUAUCUUGUGGAUGUCCCAUCAAAGUCCAAAAUUGAAGAUAGUGAGUGGUUUGCCAGAGGAUGGACUCUGCAAGAGCUUGUUGCGCCCUCAGAGGUUUACUUUGUUGAUGAGCAUUGGAAUGAUCUGGGAACCAAAAGGGACCUGCAACAAGUCGUGUCGAAAUGCACUGGUAUACCCAUAAACAUCCUCUCGGGCGAUGACGAUUUGGAAACAGCCAGCAUAGCACAGAGAAUGUCAUGGGCUGCUAACAGAAAGACACAGAGGCUCGAAGAUCGGGCUUACAGUUUGAUGGGGAUCUUUGGCAUCAACAUGCCCUUGCUUUAUGGAGAAGGUGAGCGAGCCUUCAUUAGGCUCCAAGAGGAGAUUAUGAAAGUCUCGGAUGAUCAUAGCAUUUUUGCAUGGGAGUCCUCCGACAGUCGUGGCGGAAUAUUGGCAACUUCUCCCGAGGCGUUCAAAGGCUCCAAGAACAUCAUUCCGUUCAAUCACUUCAAUGAUUCCAACGAUUCUUCGACCGUAAGUAGUCGAGGAGUCCAUUUAAGUGCUCGAUUUAUGGGUAGGGGGCCUCGUGGAUUGGGUGUCGCGAUUCUUCAUUGCAAACAGCAAGGCGUAGAAGAUAGGCCGAUUGCCAUCUAUGUCAGAGACUUAUUUGGCACAAUGCAGACAUUUGAAAGAGUCAGAAGCGAAAAGCUGGAACAGCUUGAUCUAAGAAAAUUCAGAUCCUUACAGUAUCCAAUAAGAAAGCUAUGCGUCCAAACGGGGAGAAUGACGCCUACUCGGAGAUCCAAGAACAUUGGGAAAGAUGGGAGUACUACCCAGUACGACGUUUACGACAAUGACACCUUGGAGCACCUAAUAAGUCUCUCGGAUCCAAAAGCUUUGUUACGCGCAGCCGAAUCCGGAUUUGAAGACCGUGUAUGGCUGUUACUGACACGAGAUGACAUUAUGAUCGAUUGGAUGGAUGAACAUAAGGAGUAUGCCUUAUUACGCGCAAUAGAUGGAGGUCAUGAGAAUAUCGUCAAGAUACUACUUGCUCGUGGCGCCAAUUCUGGGUAUAUUGCCGGCACGUUUAGGACACCUUUAUUAUUUGCAGUCCAAAGGGGACACAAGUCCAUGGUCAAGUUACUACUUGAUAAUGGGGCCAAAGUCGACUUCAAAGAUGAAAAGCUUGUGGAGACACCGUUGCUAACAGCGGCCGAAAAGGGGCUUGAGGAUAUUGUUGAACUUUUGCUGGAUAAAGGCGCCGACGUCAACUCUUUUGAUCGGCCCAAUGAUACGCCGUUAGGGGUAGCUUCUAGGGCAGGACAUUAUGGUACGGUCAAGCUGUUGCUUGAUAACGGCGCCAGAGUUGACUUGACACAUUACCGCUACAAACACACGCCGCUACAAGAAGCUGCCGCCUGGGGACACGAGAGCGUUGUCGAGCUGCUGCUGGAUCGGGGCGCCGAUAUUAAUGCACGAGACCCCAGGGGCCGAUCGCCACUCCACUUGGCCUCUUCAAGUGGACAUGAAAAUAUUGUUAGGCUACUCUUUGAAAGGGGAGCCGAGGUCGAUGACAAAGUUCGGAUACCGCCCUCGGGAGACAAGACUGUUAAUGAGGUAUUGCAAGUUAGAGGUGCUGAGGCUGAGCCCAAAGAAAAGAAAUCAGGAAACUUUUCCAUUAACCUCUUCAAGAAGACUUGA